UUCCUUAGGUACGAAGGCCAUAAAUCUAAUAUCUUAUUCCGAAAAUACCCUCACCGCCUUGAGGUUGUUACCAUAAAAACCUAAAACCCACUUGUUAAAGUAAAAACCUUCCAUAGUCUUCUUCAAGAUUUCUCCAGGCGAUGGCGGAGACCGUCGAGGGCGUUUCGUUCCCGAUCGUUUUCCACGAUGGCGAACGUGAUACCAACAUCGGUUCCGUUAUCGUUUCUUCUUCGACGGAGUUCAAGAAUUUCCAGUCCAGUUUGAGCAAGAUGAUUGGAAUCUCUUCGCACCAGUUCACGGUUUAUCUCGCGGAGUAUAAGAUCUCUCUGGAUUCCUCCACGAAGAUUCGGCGGAGAAUUCCUAUUACUGGGAAGGUCAAUUUUGGCGCAAUCUCCGGCGAGAAGAAUAGUUUCUUUCUUGUGGUUUUGAAACGGUCAAGACGCGAGAGGAGGCGAAAGGUCAUCCACGACAACGAAGAGGAUUAUUACUUCUCGUCGGCGACGAAGACGCAAACAAAGACGAAUCUAUUAAAGAAGAAGAAUCCACCAGAGAAUGUGAUGCUGUUGAGACGGAACGGAGGCAUCGAAAACGAAUUGCUCGCUGGCUUCAUCUCGCCGGUGAUGGAUCGAUACGAAUACGAAGACCGAAUUAGGAAGCUGCAAUUGGAGAAGGAGAAGUAUUUAAUGAGCAUACAGAUGAGCAACCUGAGGAUGGGGGAUGGCGGAGAUGGGGGGCGGAACAAGAGUGGGAGAUCGGAAAGGAGAAUCUGCGGAGAUUGCUUGAGUGCAAAAGAAAGAGGGGUGGCGGCGGGAUUUCACUGCUGCGCGAACGACGCGGUGACGGCGGGAUUCCGGUCACACGCGGGUCCAAUAGCCCGACCCGUAAAAGAAUCGGAGUAAUAAUCCGACCCGAAUUGAGGUUGUUUUAGAAUUGAUGUUAUGUGCAUUGUGCGGUGCGUGUGAAUAACAGAGUAGGUUUGAGAAGGAGAAGGAAUGGUGCGGGGACUGUUCCCGUGAAGUCGAGUACAUCGUAAGAAGAGUGUACCGAAGUCCUUCCCAUUGGCAGCCAAUUUGAUCCGUAGGAUCGCAGCAGCCGUUGAUCAUACCCAAGUAGGUGGGUCCAUCAUCCACCUAAUUUUCUUUUUUUUUUUCUUUUAAAUUUGUGAGACUAUUUUGACCAAUAGGAGGAAAGAGUUUCUUUUCUUCUUCUUCUUUUUUUGUUUUGGUGAGAAACGUAAGGAAAAAAGGAUCACGUUCUGUGCAGUUUCUACGACCUUGGACUGGAACAAUACUACUUUUUCAAUAUUGAUAUUAUUAUUAUUGUUAUUAUAUUUUU